AUGGUUAGUGGUAGCUAUAGUAACCCCCUACGACAAAUGAGGAAGCUUGAAGAAGCACUUGCCAGUACUAAAGAUGCUGACAAUAAAUUUAUCGAAUCAUCACUAACAUCGGUGAUGUCACUCGAUUCGAUGAAUGAGGUCAGUACUUUAGAUACGUGCAUGGAUACAAUAAUUGAAGGUACGUAUGAAAAUGUCCACAUUUGCGAAGAUGAUGAUACUCUCGUCAUCGAACCGCAAGGCGAUCUGGAUAAAAAUCGUAUCCAAGAUCAUGAGCCUGAAGAUUUUUGGUCACAUCCCAAAGAUGAUAAAAUCUUAGACAUCAACACGGCUAUGACAGCUGGAACUGUAGCGAUUGGGAUUGGUUAUGCCCAAUUAGAAGAGCAGAUGGCAGCUGUCAAUAUACCGUGUAUGUCUCAGAAAACAUAUAUUAAACAUCGAGAAUUAGUACUCGAUGAAUUUGAGAAAACAGCCUUGGAAAAUAUGAAAGAGGCUGGCGAAAUUGAGAAGCAACUCGCUCUAGAGAGCGAUGAAAUUAUUAAUGGCAUUCCGUACAUAACUGUUGUAGCGGAUGGUUGUUGGGCAAAGAGGUCGUACGGAACAAACUACGAUUCACUUUCCGGUGUUGGAGCGAUCAUUGGUUAUCGCACAAGGAAAGUUCUCUUCGUCGGCAUUCGCAACAAAUUUUGCACAGUGUGUGAUAUGGCGGAACGAAAAAGUAUCAAGGCAAGAGUGCAUAAAUGCUACAAAAAUUUUGACCGUAACGAAAGCUCUACACGCAUGGAAAGUGAUGCUAUUGUAGAAGGUUUCAAAAAAGCUGCAGCACAAAGAAUGCAAGAGAAGCAGCCUGAAAGUUACAAAAUUAAGGAAUUACAAAAAGAUUUAUUCAACAUUCCUAGUCAUAUCUUUGGUGAACAUAAGGAAUGUAAGGAACGUGAUACAUGUCAAAAUCCACAGGGACAAAUCGGUACAUGCAUCAAUAUUAAAUCGUGUACGUUGUUGCUUAAUCUUCUAAAAUCGAACCCGCAAAAUCCGCAAGUAGGCAAUUUUCUCCGUGCUUCCGUUUGCCGCUACGAAGGUAGUGAUCCUUGGGUUUGCUGUCCAUCCAGCAUCAAUGGCGGAAAUGCAGGACAUACGGACAACGGAUUGGAUGCUGAUCGAGGCCAGAAAGGAAUGACGAACACUGAAUACGGUCCUUUGUCUCCACCUAACUGCGGAUUUAGCAAUGUGACGCUACGCAGAAUCGUUGGUGGCGAGCCAGCCUCGUUAGGUGCUUGGCCUUGGAUCACCGCUCUCGGAUACAGAAACUCGAGAAAUCCAAACGUUCCGAAAUGGCUUUGCGGUGGUGUCUUGAUUUCUAGUCGACAUGUGCUUACCGCCGGACAUUGCGUUUACGGACGGGAGGAUUUGUACAAAGUGCGCAUUGGAGACUUGGAUCUCAACGAUGACUACGAUGGGGCGACCCCGUUUGAGGACUUCAUCGAAAGGAAAACAGUGCAUCCCGAGUACAAUCCCAGGACCUACACGAACGAUGUGGCGGUUCUGAAAACGUCCCAGGAAGUACCCUUUACAUUAUCUGUUCAUCCCAUUUGUCUUCCGGUGGACGAUAUUAUCAGAAAUAGAAAUUUAGAGAAUACGUAUCCUUUCGUUGUUGGAUGGGGAUCUGUUUAUUUCCAUGAACCAGCUAGCAGUAAACUUUUGCAAACACAAAUUCCUGUACGCACGCAAGAAGAAUGCAGUAAUGCCUUUCGGAACUUUGCGACAACGGUGAUUGAUAAUCGCGUUUUAUGCGCUGGAUUUGCUCGAGGUGGAAAAGAUGCCUGUCAGGUGAGAGAGAGAAAAUACUUAUUAAAAUUAUAACA